UGCUGUUAGUGGUUUCUGGCGGAUGGAUUUUUCUUUACUCUGGAUGUUGCGGGAAAGUCACGGAGACAUGGCGGCUGCCGUGGUGCAGAUGUCAAUGGGCUACAGAGGGCUUUUGGCAGUCCGGAAUCGGGGAACUGGUCCUUUGGCUUUGGGUGUUGUUUCUUCGCAGUUGCGGGCUUUCUCUGUGCGAAAAGAGCCGGAGCUGGACGAGAAUCCGUACUACGGGAAAUACCGGGACAAGAUCCAGCAGCUGCGCCGAACCAACCCAUCAGCUUUUGAUGCCCGAUUGGAUAAGCGGAAAGAGUUGAAGCAACAGCCGUUGGGUUAUUCGAAACAGGCAGAAUUUGCAAAGACAGUAGAGGAAAAGGUCGGAACAGCUUCUGGUAAAGGAUUCUCAAAAAAUAAGACCUUAGAUUCUAUUCUAAACAUAGAGCUGAUAAAGGACAAGGAUGCAGAUGAAAUCAGAGAGAUUUGGAAGCAGUACUUUUCUUUAAGAAACUCUGUGUAUGCAGUCAUACCUGGAGAAUCUUUUGAACUCAUAUGGCGGCGAGCCAAGACCUGCCCCUCUUUCUUGUAUGCACUUCCAAGGAAAGAAGGAUAUGAGUUUUUUGUGGGCCAGUGGUCAGGAAGUGAGCUUCAUUUUACUGCACUUAUUAAUAUCCAGACAGCAGGAGAUGCUGCCCCCAGCCAGCUGAUCUUAUACCAUUACCCUGAGUUUCAGAAAGACAAAGGAAUUGUUCUGAUGACCUCAGAAAUUGACACCAAAUUCUUGAAUGUCCAGGACGCACAGUGUUUGGCAAAUCAAGUGCAGCUGUUCUAUGGCAGUGAUGGAGCAGAAACAUUUGGAUUAGUGGAAAAGUUUAAUCACAAGUCUGAUGAGUUCAAAUACAUGGCUGUAGUUUCUUUCUUGGAGCAAAGUGGGCUGGGAAAGAGUUUUUUGAACGAACAGGGCCAUAAUAAAGAAGAUAAGUUGGAAUGAGAAUAACAUAAAUGAACUGCACACUUGGAAUGUAUGAAAGACUGAUUAGAAAGUAAGACACCAAGAAAAAGUAAAGGCUACUUUGCAAUUCUGUUGCCUUCAAGGUGAAAAGAAAAGUGUAUGUAAAUCACUUUACUGUACAUCAUUUUGUGAGAGCACACACAAGGGAUGUUGAAAGCUGAUGUUAAAAUUGUAGUGAAGGAACAACUCAACCUGCCUAGAUAUUUAAACUGUAAUCACAAUACAGUAUGUUUGUAAUAAAUAAUAUAUUAAGUGC